AUGGCAAACAAUUUAAGCAGUGACCUACACGGUUCAGAUACUUGGCUUCUUCAAUGCUCCUAUAGAGAAACUAAGGAUAAGCAAGUCAAUGAUGAUUUGGAGAAACAUGAAGAGUAUUUUUUGAACUUGGCUAUUAGUCUUCUCUCUGCUUACAAGAAAGCAUUGGGGCCUUCAAUCAGCCGCAUUGGGAAGUUUGUGGAGAACCUGAAGAAUUUGAGUGCUGGGUCAGAGGUAGGAUCAAAUGCAGACAUUAAGGAGACUGAAGUACUAAACCCAAGAAAAAAUCUUGAGGAGGAAUAUCUAGAUUAUGAAACCAAGAUUAUAACAACCUUCAGUGUUGUGGAUAACAUGAAGGAGCAAUUUUAUGUGCAAGAUGGCACAAAUUCGUGGAAGGAUGAUCCUCGUGUUAAAGAGCUCUUUGAUGAUAUUGAAAAAUUGAGACAGGAGUUUGAGUCUAUUGAAAGACCAAAUUUAGAAAUGGAGACUCUAACACCUAAAGCUGACACUCCCGCAAAUGAAAAGUCAACAGGAAGCCCCACCAAUCACUUAAACCCCGAGACAACUGAAAAACCUGUUACAAGAGAGCAUCAUGAGGGUCCUGGAGCCGGGGCAGAACAAAUUCUAGAUGCUGAAGCAGAACUAGCAAAGUUGGAAUCAGAGUUCGGGAAGGUUGGCCCAGACUAUCCGGCAGAUGAAAUUGGAGACUGGGAAUUUGAUGAACUAGAAAGGGAGCUGAGAUCUGGUGAUUCAGCAAACAGCAAGUAGAAAGUGAGAGAUUGGUUUAAUAUGCAAAGCCAAAUGAACAGGUAAGCAUAUGUACAAGAAUGAUACAAUCCUCCUAAUCACCUAAAGAGCUGCAUUUUAGAUCGAUGGCUUUUCACUGUAACUCUUUGAGUGUUAAAUGGUGUUUUAUUUGUUAAUUGUUCUGUAAAUUAUGAAACUGUAUCGUAUAUGAUAAACUGAUAUAACAAAUAAAUGAAAGGCUAAAUAUAUUUUGUCCUCGUAA